AUGUCAUUAGUUAUCAAAUCUCGUUCAAAAUCUUUAAAAGAUACUGAAAUCGAUUUAACCAAGACUAGCAAAGUUCAAAGCAUCUUGGAAAUCAUCUCAUUGAGAAAUAAGAAUAUCAACACUAAUAGAUUGAGAUUGAGUGUUUUGAAGGAAUCUAAAUAUGUCCCAAUUUCAACUGAUGAAGCUUUGAAAGAAGAAGCUAAAAAGGACGGUGUCACUGAAAUUUAUGUCAAGGACAUUGGUCCUCAAAUCUCUUGGAGAUUAGUAUUCUUAAUUGAAUACUGUGGUCCAAUUUUAAUUCAUACUUUCUUUUACCAUUUAUCUACUUUAGAAAAUGUUAGAGAUAAGGUUCAUAGUUCAAGAACUUCUUAUGAUCCAUUCUACAAUAAGAUCGUUUACUCAAUGGUAGUAGCUCACUACGCUAAGAGAGAAUUCGAAUCUAUCUUUGUUCAUAAAUUCUCCCAACCAACUAUGCCUUUCUUCAAUUUGUUCAAGAAUUCUUUCCACUACUGGGUCUUAAAUGGUAUGAUUGCUUUCAGUUACUUUGGUUACGGUUUCUUAUUAAGUGAUUCUACUAUUCAAUCCUUAUAUGCUAAGUUGGGCUUAUCUAACUUAUCCCUAUUGAUUGCUUUGUUCACUGUAUCUGAAUUAUGGAACAUGUACAUCCACAUUAAAUUGCGUUUAUUCGGUGAUGCCCAAAAGAAAUUAGGUAACGCUACUAAGCGUGUAGCAUUGAAUGAAGGUUUCUUCAAGAUUUUUGUUGCUCCAAACUAUACUUUCGAAGUUUGGUCUUGGAUUUGGUUCACAUUUGCUGCUAAAUUAAACUUCUUUGCCCUAUUAUUCUUAUUCGUUUCAGCCGGUCAAAUGUACUUAUGGGCUGAAAAGAAGAACAGAAAGUAUGGUACUAAGAGAGCUUUCUUAAUCCCAUUUAUUUUCUAA